AUGGAAGACAUGGGCUUAAGUUUUGCUGAUCAAUCUCUUUCACUCAAUUCUGCUGAAGAUGCCAAAACUAUAGUUUCAGCAAUUGAAAAAUGUCAGAGUCUGGUUUUUCUCAAUCUCCAAGGAAACACUUUAGGAAUUGAUGCUGCUAAAGAAAUUGGUCUUGCUAUUGCUAAACACGGGUCUCAUCUUAAACAUGCAUUAUGGCAAGAUAUGUUUACUGGACGACUAAAAUCUGAAAUUCCAAUAGUUCUGGAACAUUUAUCAGCUGGUUUAUUAUCAGCAAAUGUACGUUUAUCUGAACUUGAUUUAAGCAAUAAUGCUUUUGGACCUAUUGGUAUGAAAGGAUUAGUUAAGCUAUUGAAUUCACCUGUGUGUUAUGAAUUACAAACAUUACGUUUAAUGAAUAAUGGAUUAGGGAUUAGUGGAGCAAAAAUGCUUGCAAAAGCAUUGAUUGAUAAUCAUCAUGCUAGUGUUGCAGCUGGUACUCCAUUUAAACUUAAAGUACUAGUAGCUGGUAGAAACCGGUUAGAAAAUGAAGGUAUCAUAGCUUUGUCUCAAUUCUUUAGUCUUGUUAAAACCAUGGAAGAAAUAACAAUUCCUCAAAAUGGAAUUUAUUGCAAAGGAAUAUUAGCAUUAUCUGAAAGCUUACUACAAAAUCCAAAUUUAAAAGUUUUGGAUGUUCAAGAUAAUUUACUAACUGUACUAGGGGCAGAGGCAUUAGCCAAUGUUCUGCCAAAAUUAAAAAAUCUGAAACAUUUGAAUAUUGCUGAUUGUUUGAUAAAAUCUAAAGGUGCUUUAGCCAUAGCAGAAGCUUUAAAUGUUCAUGAAUCCCUUGAAAAUUUGGAUGUAAGUUAUAAUGAAAUCAAUGGUGAAAGUGGAAUGAUUCUAACAAAAGCACUAUGUGACAAGGUAAACUUAAAAGUGUAUAAUAUUAAUGGUAAUAGAUUUGGAAUAGAAACUAUUGAUAUUAUCUCAAAUACAUUGAAAGAAUCCAACAAAGAUAAAACAUUAGGAUCAUUCAGUGGUGAUGAAGGUGAAUGUUCUUCUGAUGAAGAAAAUGAAAACGAAGAAGCUGAAGAAAGUUCAACAGAUACUGAAGAUGAAGAUAUUUCUACUUCUUAUGCAGAUAAAACUGCUGAUAUAAUGAAAGAAAUGACUGUUGGCGAGACUAAGUUGGUAAAAAAUUCUACGGAUAAUGUUAGUUUAGAAGAGGUGGUUGAUCAACUAAUGGAUAUUGCUGGUCAUUAUCAAAAUGAAAGUGAUAAAUUAACAUUGGAUAAAUCUUUUGAGUUGUAUAAAACAGCUUAUACUAAUGCUACCAGAGAAUUAAAAUUUGUGGACUUAACAAAUUUAUUGUUAGAAAAACAUGGAUUAAUUAAAAGUGAAGAUAAAAAUUUCCAACUACGAAAAGAUGUUGGUAGAUGUUUAGAAGUUCUAAAAUUGGCUGUUGAAAAUAAAAAUGUUAUUCCUGAACCAUCCCAAUGUGAGUAA